AUGGACCCCAAGGCCACCGUCGCCGGGGCACCGAUCGAUGCACCACGAAGCUACGGAAAGCGAGUAGAGGGAGGGUUUACGCCGAAGCCGCUCCCCCGACCAAUCGGCAUGGCGCUGCCUCCUUUGCCGGGCGAGAACACUGGCCUUGAUAGCCGCUCACUGCAGCAGCGCAAAGAGGACUUUGUCAACUAUGAUAAGCAUCUAGCGAGACGCAAGGAGCUGACCGCCAAAAUAUCAAGACCGUAUUUCCGCGAUUGGGGCAACCUGCAAUACCACGAGGGCAAAUCCUUCAUCUCCCCGCCCCGUCUCUUCAAAGCCGAACUCUCUCUCUUCUUUCCCAACCUCUAUGGCCAAACGAUUCUCAAGAAAGACGUAAACCCUCGCGACACCACCCCACUCCUCUCCGGCAGAGCAUCUGUUGUAUCCAUCUUCAGCAGCCAGUGGGCAGAGCGACAAGCCGAAAGCUUUAUAUCAAAGGAAGCCAACCCGCAGCUUCACGAAGUGCUUGAGCGCAGUGGCAAUGAGGCACAGAUCGUCAGGAUCAAUUAUGAAGAUAACUCUGGCAAAGCUUUCCUUAUCAAACUAUUCAUGGGGUCGCUGCGCAAGAGGUUUCCGGAGAAGGACUGGGACAAGUACUUUCUCGUGCGAAGGGGCAUCACAGACGAGAUUCGCGAAUCAAUAGGCCUGCUCAAUAGCAAGGUUGGCUACACAUAUCUCGUCGACCACCACUGCAGGAUACGCUGGGCUGGCAGUGGAUCGAGCCAUCCAGACGAAUUGGAGGGUCUGAACAAAGGCCUGGUGAAGCUGGUUGAUGAUAUCAAGAAAGAAGCAUUGCUGCCUGCAGCAGCGAGAGAGAAAUUGCCCGGUAAACCGCAUCUGGAAAAAGGCAAGAGUGUGUUGUAG